GGCGGGGCGGGCAGGAAGGGGUGCAGGAUUGUCCCGGUAAAUAGAACCGGGGGACGCGAUGAAGCUGUACUGCCUGUCAGGACAUCCAACCUUGCCAUGCAACGUGCUCAAGUUCAAAUCCACCACCAUCAUGCUGGACUGUGGGCUGGAUAUGACGUCUACCCUCAAUUUCCUCCCACUGCCUCUGGUCCAGAGCCCCAGGCUUUCCAAACUUCCUGGUUGGGUUUUGAAAGAUGGAAGCACAUUUCUGGACAAGGAGCUGAAGGAGUGCUCUGGCCAUGUGUUUGUAGACUCUGUGCCUGAGUUCUGCUUACCUGAGACUGAACUGCUUGACCUCUCCACAGUGGAUGUAAUCUUGAUCUCCAACUAUCACUGCAUGAUGGCCCUGCCCUACAUCACAGAGUACACAGGAUUCACUGGAACAGUUUAUGCCACUGAGCCCACCGUUCAAAUUGGCAGGCUCCUCAUGGAAGAGCUGGUGAAUUCCAUUGAACGCGUGCCAAAGGCUCAGUCUGCCUCCAUGUGGAAGAACAAGGAGGUGCAAAGGUUGCUGCCAGCCCCGCUGAAGGAUGCAGUGGAGGUGUCCAUGUGGAGGAAGUGCUACACAAUGCCAGAGGUGAAUGCAGCCCUCAGCAAGAUCCAGCUGGUGGGCUAUUCCCAGAAAAUCGAGCUGUUUGGUGCUGUGCAGGUCACCCCUCUGAGCUCGGGCUAUGCUCUUGGGAGUUCCAACUGGAUUAUCCAGUCACACUAUGAAAAGGUUUCUUAUGUUUCAGGAUCUUCUCUGCUUACAACACACCCUCAGCCCAUGGACCAGGCUUCUCUUAAAAACAGCGACGUUCUCAUCCUGACAGGACUGACCCAGAUCCCCACUGCCAACCCUGAUGGAAUGGUGGGAGAGUUCUGCAGCAACCUGGCAAUGACUGUCCGGAAUGGAGGCAAUGUCCUGGUUCCCUGUUACCCCUCUGGAGUGAUCUACGACCUGCUGGAGUGUCUCUAUCAGUACAUUGACUCUGCAGGACUCUCCAAUGUCCCCUUUUAUUUCAUCUCACCUGUUGCCAACAGCUCCCUGGAGUUCUCUCAGAUCUUUGCUGAGUGGUUGUGUCAUAACAAACAAACAAAGGUGUAUCUUCCAGAACCUCCUUUUCCCCACGCUGAGCUCAUUCAGACAAACAAAUUGAAACAUUAUCCCAGCAUCCAUGGAGACUUCAGCAAUGACUUCAAGCAGCCCUGUGUUGUGUUCACUGGGCAUCCCUCUCUCAGAUUUGGGGAUGUGGUGCAUUUCAUGGAGCUGUGGGGAAAAUCCAGCUUGAACACUGUUAUAUUCACAGAACCUGAUUUCUCUUACCUGGAUGCCUUGGCUCCCUAUCAGCCCUUGGCAAUGAAAUGUGUUUACUGUCCCAUUGACACAAGACUCAACUUUAUUCAAGUGUCUAAAUUACUCAAAGAAGUCCAGCCCCUGCACGUGGUGUGCCCUGAGCAGUACACGCAGCCCCCUCCCACGCAGUCGCACCGCACAGACCUGAUGAUUGACUGCCAGCCCCCGGCCAUGUCGUACCACCGCGCCGAGGUGCUCACGCUGCCCUACAAGCGCCGCUACGAGAAGAUCGAGAUCAUGCCCGAUCUUGCAGAUUCCCUCGUGCCCUUGGAGAUCAAGCCUGGUAUUUCCUUGGCAACAGUUUCUGCUGUGCUGCAUACUAAGGACAACAAGCAUGUGCUGCAGCUGCCUCCAAAACCUCCCCAACCUCCUGCCAGCAAGAAGAGGAAGCGGGUGAGUGAUGAUGUGCCCGAGUGCAAAUCUUUGAAGCCUCUGCUGAGUGGCUCCAUCCCUGUGGACCAGUUUGUGCAGACUCUGGAGAAGCACGGCUUCAGCGACGUGAAGGUGGAGGACACAGCCAAGGGCCACAUUGUGCUGCUGCAGGAGGCAGAGACCCUCAUCCAGCUGGAGGAGGACUCCACCCACAUCAUCUGUGACAAUGAUGAGCCCCUGAGGGUCAAACUGCGGGACCUGGUGCUCAAAUUCCUGCAGAAAUUUUAGCUCGUGGACAUCAGGAGGCUCUGCAAGGAGAGAGCCUGGAGCAGCAGAACUUGGAGCUGUCCAAGGACAGAGAGAGAGAGAAUUCUGUGAUUCAGACAGACCAGAAACCUUCCCCUUCAUGGAGGAGCAAGGGAGUAUUUUUAAUAUCUAUUUUUUAAAUCUUAUUUUUAACUUGUUUUGGAAUACUUUGGAGGAGAUUCCUGUUGUGUAAAAUUGGGAGCUGGGAAUCUUACAGGAAAUAGGAACUGCAGAGUAAAUAACUGGAGUGUUUAUUUACAACAUCAGGGUGAACUGCUGCUCCUCUGUGUCCCUCAGCAGUGUCUGCCCCAGUCCUUCACCUGCCAGAACUCUGCAGGAAUAUUGAAACAAUGGCCUUUUUCCUCCCACUGCUGCUUCCCAGUCCCCAGAGCCCAUUCCCUGCCUCUCUUCCCUGCGUGGUGUUCACAAGGAGGGGAGAGCUGGUGAGGCAAAGAUUGUACAAAUAAAAAUGGGAAAAGGGGGUCUGGUGGACAUGGAGGAUAGUGGGAAGAGCCUGGCCAUUCCCUGCACAAGCAGAGGCACUUCGGAAAAGCUUUAUCCCUUAGGAAUUCAAGUGUUUAUUGACGCUGCAGCCUCACCUGUUACACCCAGAUCCAUUCCUGGAGCUCCAGGCCCUUCCCUGCUUCCUCCUGGGUUCCUCCAUCAGCAGUGGAGGAAACAGCUCAGGAAGACACUUAGGGAAGUCCAUAAAGUAGGAGAAUUCCUAAUGCUCAUAAAAAACCUUUCAAGAUUUAAGUGCCUCUUGUUUCUACCUUCCAAAAAAUUCGUCCUUGCAGCUCCCCCAUCCCAAAUCCUGGGUGGAAUUCUGAGUAAUUUAUCCAAAGCCAUCAGUACUGCAGACCUGGGGAGGCUUUUCCCUCCCCAAAUCACGUAUUUGGGGCCUCACCUCAGUCAAUAAUAUUGCUUUUAAAGGCGACCCAUUUCUCAGAUUUACUGCUGUUCAUUUUUUAUUGGACUGUUUUGUAUUUAUUUGGUGUUAAAAAAUAAAAAAGCAGAGUGAGACUGCCCAGGAGGGAGCACAUCCCGUGGUUUAUAAAAGCCUCUCCAUGUCCAUUCCACAUCCUUGUCCUGACACCUUUGGGAAAUAAAGCUGCUCCUCCAGUUCAUCCUUCUGGGGAGAUGGAGGCAGUGGAAGCAGCUCUGUAAUAAAAUCUCUUUGCCACUGCAGUGUCCCCAUCCCAUUUCACUGCCAUGAAGGAUUUCUGUUGGGUUGGGUGUGCAGAUCCCAGCACCCACACCUUUAUUCUGUGUGUGCCACAGGUGAGGAGUGGUGUCAGCAACAUGAAAAGCUUGGGGCAGUGGAAUUAAAUCCUCAUCAGGGUUUACAGGUUUGCUGCUUUAGCAUCACUUAACCAGAGUAAAAGAACUGGGAUAAUUCCACUUUAAGAAACUCCAAAGGGAUUGUUCCUAACCCAGAGAGAUCAUGGAAUAAACUCAUCUUUCUGCUGGUUACCUCAGCUCCAGCACUGA